AUGAGUGCACCGAAAACAAACGAGAUAACGGAAACCCCGGUCCCCCAGGCCGAGCCCUCUUCGCACCACAGCUUCAAGACGGCGAAGCGCGUUGACAAGCAAGUCGAUGUUGUCUACAAUGGCCCGACCGUUGACGACGAGAUUGCUCGCGAAGCUGCGCUUACAGCCCUGACGGCCGAGGAGGAGAAGAAACUGAUUCGCCGCGUUGACUGGCAUUUGGUUCCCCUACUGUGUCUGCUCUAUCUCAUGAAGAAGAUUGACGAGUCUAAUGCCACCAAUGCGCGAAUCAUGAAUAAGGGCACAGAUCGCAAUAUCCUGACGCAGCUGAAUAUCACGUCCGAUGAGUUUGGGAUGAUUACUGUGUUAUACACUGUACCCUACAUUCUGGCAGAAGUUCCAUCCAACUUGAUUCUGAAAAGAGUCAGCCCGUCACGCUGGCAAUCGAGAAUCAUGAUUACUUGGGGUAUCAUCACAGCCUGCACGGCUGCAGUCAAGAAUUUGGCAGGUCUCUACGCUGUGCGAUUCAUGCUCGGUCUGGCCGAGGCCGGAAUGUUUCCUGCUAUCAUCCUUCAACUCUCGUACUGGUAUCGGCCGGAUGAGAUUGCCGUGCGAUUGGUUUCUAUUUAUUGCGUUGGCAACGUCGCUGGAAUCAUAGGAGGUCUUCUUGCCUACGCCUUUAAUGGUGUCUCCGGGGCUGGGGGUAUAUCAGGCUGGCAGUGGCUCUUCAUUGUCGAGGGUGCCCUGACGAUCUUCAUGGGAGUUGUCGUCUGGAUUUGCCUACCGGACUUCCCCGCUACAACGAAAUGGCUCUCGCCAACCGAAAAGGCCUUCUUGCAAGCCCGUCUUCCCCGAAGCUCGCCUCGCGCCGCCGAAGAGAACUUUGUCUUCAAGGAAGUCCUCAGAACGCUCCGUGACCGCAGACUGUGGCUCUUCACCUUCUGCUGGGCCUUCAUGACAAGUGGAAGCGGCGGUGUCAAGUUCUACCAGCCUACCAUUAUUGCGAAUAUGGGGUUCAGCGACAUCGCAACCGCUCAAAUUCUCAACAUCCCCAUGUCCGUUCUAACCAUCAUCCUGAUUAUCGUCACUGGCUACGUGGCAGACAGAGCACGGGUCCCGCUCCCAUUGCUCCCUAUUGGUGCCACGAUUAUUAUUAUCAUCUGCUACUCCGUGCUCGUCGUCUAUCCCAACGAUAUAGGCGUCUACAUCGCCAUGAUGAUCGGUAAUGCGUGUUCAUCAACCUGGUUCCCUCUAAUGUGGACCUGGCGCUCCCAAACCAUAAACGGCGCAACCGGCUCGGCCUUUGCAAUCGGCUUCGUAAACAGCUACGGGCAGGUCGGCGACGCCGUCGGGCCACAAAUGUUUGAAGACAAAUACGAGCCGCGGUAUCAGUUGCCCUUUGGGCUUUCUAUGGGUCUUGUCGCGUGUUGUGCGAUUACGAGUCUGUAUACGUGGUGGGUCACGAGGAGGACGGAGCGGGACACAAGGAGGCAUAAGUUGGCGAGGAUCGAGGCGAAGAGGAGGAAUGAGGCUGUGUUGGAUGAUAUUAGUGAUCGGGAUUUGGGGGGGAGUGACAGUGGGAGGGGGAGUUUGGAGAGGUUUUAG